CGCGAUGCUUUGCAGUGUCGUUUACAUCGUGGUUAUAACUUGUUUCGGAAUCAGUCAUUUUUUCAUAUUAUUCUUAGGCUUUGAUAAGAGCGACGGUGCACUACCACCUGGCGCAGAAGACGAAAUUGUUCUCAUCGAUCACCUCCCAGGACGGCAAGUGCAUCUGCAAGAUUUCUUUUGGACUAGGGCAGAAGAUGCACCAUUAUGGGUAGAUCCAAAUCAGUUAUUAACGCUAUACGAAACCCGAACGAUCCAUCACACAGCUACAGUCUAUCCUCCUGACGAAAAUGAACAGGGUCCAGAAUACGGUAGUCAUUCUGACCCCAAUUUCACUCAUGGACCUUUUAUUCCUGGAUGUACAUCUUGUAUUGAUCCUACUCCCACGCAACCUGAAGCUGAUCAAGAUGUAGGAAUCCUUAUUGUUGAUGAUCCGGGACCAAGGUACUGGUUGCUUACGGUAUUACGUGGGGAAAACGGCGUUCCGCCCAAAGUCGAGUUGCGAUUAGCCCGAUUGUACCGCAAAGCCUUUAGGAGGCAACAAGAGAGUCACCUUGGCCUUUUGGGUGAUCGUACUCGACGAGAAUCAAAAAAUCAUGCCAUGUUAGAAAAAAAACCACCAAAUAUAACACAUACAACGAAGCAUGCACAGGAAGUACACUCAAUGAACAAUAUUAUAGACUCUACCAUUGUACCUAUUAAUAAAAGUAUACAAAUGAAGCAAAUAUUACCAGUUACGCAAAUGAGACUUGUGCGAAUAAAUAGUAAAAGAACUUUGCCAUUCAAAGAAACCAUAAGUCAACCAGAUGUUACAUCUUUGAUAGACAAUACUGCAUCUCAAUUGGAAAGUGAAACAAUGGCUUCCAUUAAUUCAGCAGCAUUCAAAUCAGCAACUGAAAUUGAACAGAGUUCAUCUUGGAAUACAAUUAUUUCGAUUCCAUUAAAUAAUGAUGAAUCAUUUUCACAAGAUUUCAAUCAUUCGAAUUCCCUUAACGUGACAGAAAAUCAGCAGAUGUUUGAUGAUUUAAGAUUUUCAAGAAGCAUAGGUUUGGUGCAGGUCAAAAUGCAGAACACAAGUGUAAUUGACCGAGGUACUACCAAGUUAAUCUACUCAGUACACCUGAGUGGAAAACCAGUUCCUGCAGAAACUGCUGCAAAGGAUAUGGCUUUACUGUCUCCGCAGGAAGUAGCUUUGGAACUUGGAACGCCUGUACUUAUUCAGAGUGAACCAUAUCUGAAACCCACAGGACCGAUGGCAUUAUCGAGAAAGAGAGAUGUCUACUUGCUGAUGGGAGCUGCAGGAGCGGCUGUCUUGCUACUUAUUAUUAUCAUCAUAAUCAUUAUUCUCGUUACCAAGAAGAAAAAAGCUCAAAGUGCUGUUGCAGCUCCACCAAUUGAAAGUAAUAUAAAAAAAGAUAGAAAAUAUACUCUUGCUUCACUUGGUCAUGAUAACACUGAAUAUACAUCUGAAACUGAAUUAAGGACAGAUGGUUCAAGUCAAAGGCGUACGCCAGGAAGUAACACGAGGACACCAGUUACACCUCGUAGUCCAGAUACAUUGGAAGGAGAAAUUAAUGAUCUCGCAAGUGAAAAUGAAGAGGACGAGGAUCAUGAUCUUAAAAGUACAAACAUGAUUCCUUGGGAUGAAUGCGAUUAUCUGGACGUAACAAGAAAAACAAGGUCUGGACGUGGAAGAAUAAUACAGACAAAAGCUCUCAACAUUACAAAAACGCCGGAUUCUAUGGAUUCUAUAGAAUGUCACUCAGACACCUUGGAAUCAAUGGAGAAAGGAUUCAUACUUCGUGAAGAAGCUCCAAUUUCACCUAAUUCCUACCUUUCUUUGCCCUCGUGCAAGCCAUUUCCUAACAUGAAAAGUGUUGAACCAUUAUCGAGGAUACUGGAACCUGUUGUGGUGAAGCAUUUAGACAUAGAACUGGAUACACCAGAUCUUCAAAAACAAAUUGAUUUCAAUAUCAAAACUGUUGAUAAUUAUUUGAAAAGAGCUACCAGUACAGUAAAAGAUCCAGGAGUUGUUGGGCCUAUCGUCUGGGAUUUAAGAAGAAAUAAGUCUGUCGAAGACACGAAGACCUUCGACACAGAUUUUGAUCCAACCAGAGUUUCACAUGGACCAGUUGGACGAGCCAGACGAAGAUUGCAUGAGCUCCUUGAGGAUUCCUUCAGCCUGUUCGGAAGCAGAGAGGCUAAGACAAAAGAAGAUCAAUCUAAUCAGUACGUGUUUAUCUCCAGAGGUUUAUCUGACCAUCUCACAAUACUUUCGGAAACGAGGGGGAAAUCAGCAAACGUCAGUCCGGUUACAACACCGACAUCGCAGAUAAAGUCCCGUCCAAGAUCUUCUGUGCCGCGCACAGAAAUGGAGGAAUUAAUUCAAGAGACUGAGAAUAUGGGACCGCAUCCACGUGGAGCAUGGGGUUCGCGACCAUUGAGUGCAGGUCCGUUUCACAGACCAAAUCUACCGGAAGUAAACACCAUGCGUCUUUUAGCGGAUUCCCAACUUUUAGUAGAAGAUCCUGCAGUUCCACUUAUCAAUCGUAUUAAGCAAGAACUUAAAAAAUUUUCGGCUGACUGAUGGUAUUAACAUUUUUGGCUUCCUGGUAAUUUAGAAACAAUUUAUGGAUCUAUUUUUCUUAUUCCAAAACUUUGCCACACAUAUUUUUUUUAACAAUAUCAUCAAAAAUAAGCGAGGUUUGAUUAUUUAAGAGGACGGCCCAUGUAACGGCUUCAAAAAAUCGAUUAUUUGUUUGCUUAAUGGAAGCUAGUGAUCCCAAAAACAUGGUGUAAAAGUUUCAGAUUCGCAGGUGCAUUCUUUUACCCCUAAAAGGCGCCCCGCGCGCCUCGCGCUAUCCUUCCGAUGCUGCCUUCUUUUCAACACGUAAAUCUUUAAACGCGUUUUUCUCGGUUUCAUAUUUUUCAUAAUUGCCUUCUAUGUAAACCUCUACUAACUGGAAAAAUAAUUUUUUUAACAAUUACUUUUCAAACAAUUUCAUACAAAUUUUUGGGUGAAAAUCAAAUUUUCGUUUUAAACGGACGCCACCUAUUCAAAAAUGAUUACUUUUUUAAAACUUUUUUUGUCUCACACAGAAGCUAAGAAUAUAAAAUUCAAGAAACUUUUUUGUUUUUUCGUUUUAGACGAAUCCAUAAGAAACUAGAGUGCUGACAAUUUCACACCUCCCGGUUGAACAUGUUUAACAUCUGCCCUUAUAAUUAAAAAUGUUAUGCAGAUUUAUGGCUAGAAAAAAUGUAUUUCUUAGUUCAAAAGUGCCUGAAUAAACCAUAAAAGUUUUGGAAAGAUUCGUUAUAUUCUUUAUUCCCAAAAAAUCCUAAAAUAUACCGUUAUUUUUGAGGUGCUACAUGGGUCUCCCCCCUUAAUUUUUUCCGUGUCUCGCUUCUCACUUUCCAUUUCUUACAACGGUUGUCAUUAUAUACGCAUGACAAUUUUCUCAUUUCUGAUGUAUUUGGAUUUUCAUCUAUUUUCUAUUGGUUAGAACUUAUAUUCUCUUCCAGGAGCCACUAAAGUAUUAUGUAUCGAUUUUUUAGAGUUUGGGAGAUAGCGUAUUAAAAAAUAUGAUAUUGUGCAAUACAUUGUUUAAAUAUAAGUCUUAUUUAUUGAAUAUUCAUUACAUAUAAAUAUGUGAUAAGUUAUUACGCAGUGAAAAAUUGUCGGCGUUGAAUCGGUGGCCUGACAGCAGCGCAUCGCGUCAGUGCCGCACGAUUACACUUUUCAGUGUUAAGGAUAAAUGAUAUUUACUAUUUCAACGUUCCUUUAAAAUUAAAUUUGUAUUGUUAAAUUUUAUAUGUGUAUGUAUUUUAUGAUAAGUUUAAGUGUAUAACUACUAAUACUAUAAUUGGUAUAAUUAAGAACAAUUAUUACCUGCACUUGAAAUAUGAAAUAGGAAGGACGAAAGUCCGCCGAUAUCAGAAUUAAGAAAAUAAUACAAUUGCUUGUAUAUUGCCAGCAGAAAUUACAAACAAAAGUUGCUAGAAAAUAUUACUAACUCUUUGCAGUCAGAGAUCUAGAUGUGUUCAUACAUCUCACUCUCAGCUUCUUGAUAUUUUUUUUAGUUUGCUUACUUUUUACUUUUUAAUAUAGCAUCCGCAUUUAUUUCUUACAAGUUGCUAACGACCAUAUUGAUUCCGAUUUUGCUAUUAAUGUAUGCUUGCCUUUUUCUCUUUAGUUUCUCCUCAAUAUCUUUAUUUGUUUUUAAUUGGUGUUGAACUAUAACCAAUAGACAAGCACCGAGGGCCUGACCAAAAUUUUCGUUUCAUUUCGGUCCUGUCAAGUAAAUAGAGUAAUUUGGAUCCCAUUAUUAAUGUAAUUUCAGAUAUUAUCUAAUUUCGUCAAAAUGUAGAGACAACAGAUCGCAGUAUAGUGAAAUAUCUUUUUUCUAUGAAUAACGAAAUGGAACGAAGGUUUCGGUCGAUUUCCUGCAAACAAAAUUGAAUCACUGUCGGUAUAAGUUUGUUUGUAAUUUUUGAGGAUACCCACUUAUUCUCUUACCAAGCUCGAAAAAUCAUGUUUAUUUAUUUUAUCUAUGAGACAGAUGUAAGGAAGAUAGAGUAUAAUUUAAGAGCUAGCGGACAAAAAGGGCUAAGCCAUGUUUAAAGAAGUUUUCAGAAAAAUGAAAAGAUUUCCGUAUAUUAUUAAUAACAGGAUAGCCAAUUUUAAACUUGAAAAUUUAGAGAAAUUACAUCUGCAUAGAUUGCAUUGCAUUAACAUACAUUUAAUUGCACUUGAGAGAAAUAUACAUCUGAAAGAUUCAAAAAAUGCAAAAUAAUCAAUUAAAAAAAUAUUAGGGAUAAGCCUCUUUUGACUGCCAGCCCUUCAAUAGUCCUAAGAAGUAGCUACGCGAAAUGUAGAAUGUAAAGAUUUUGUGUGCUAAGUUGCUCCAUUCCGGGGCUGUGGAAAUUAGUAUAGAAUUUAAGUUGAAGGGCCAACUAAAUAUCACACUAAACUCCAAGGUAUAAUUUUCAAUAUGAAGGCAAAUCAAAAUUUUCAUCAGACUUCGAAUGACAAAUAAUACUUUGAAAUUAAGCGUGUAUCAAAAUGACUUUUACAUGUAUAAGGAGUAAACUGAUUUUUUAAAACUUUA